CUGAAAACCAAGUGAGGAGAUGGUAGACUGGCACUCACUUGUGGAACAGCCUCUUACUGAAGAGUCAGCCCGUUCAGCAAAGGAGGAGAGGGAGUUGGAGGAAAUCAUGUUUCCUUUCUGUAUUUUACAGAAGGAAUGCACCGUACUACACCAGAGAAUACAGAGAGGAUUUUGACCAACACCCAAGGAACAACUGCACAACUGUGGGAAGACAUCCAGCCCCUUCACGGCAUUGCUCAACACAGAGAAGGUUGGGCAGUGAAACCACCAUCUGGAAAUUGGUCAGGUCAGGGGAGCUUUGACAUCUCAUCAGAUCUGAAACUGGUCAGUGGGGUGGAGCCUUCCAUCAAAACCAACUUUUCUGAAGGUUCAGCUGUGGUGAUCGGUCAGGGUGAGGCUGGGAAGAAGUGUGAGUGGCUCCAAGUGUGGUGAGAGCUUCAACCAUUCAUCGAGCCUCAUGAACCCCUGACUCAUUUCUAUAAAUGAAAGACUGUUCAAGUAUGAGGUGUAUGAGGAGGGCUUCACAGGCUCAUAAGAUCUCCUGAUGGUAGGGUGCAUUAUUGAAGAGAUACAUGGAAGUGAAACCAUUCACACAUGAUGUGUGGAACCGAAACUACACUCAACUGAGAGCCAUGAGAGACAAAAUUAUUGAUAGAGGCCACAAAACUUUCAGCUGCAAGCUGUGUGACAAAUCAUUCUCACAGUCAUCAUCCCUUCAUGUGCACCAACGCAUUCACACAGGGGAGAAACCAUUUACCUGUGAGGUGUGUGACAAAUCAUUCUCGGAUUCAUCAACCCUCCGCAAACACCAACGCAUUCACACAGGAGAGAAGCCAUUCUCGUGUGAGGUUUGUGACAAAUCGUUCUCUGAUUCAUCAAACUUUCGUGCACACCAACGUAUUCAUACUGGGGAGAAACCGUUCACAUGUGAAGUGUGCAACAAAUCAUUUUUGAAGGUAACAAACCUCCGUGCACACCAACGCAUUCACACAGGGGAGAAACCAUUCACAUGUGAAGUAUGCAACAAAUCAUUUUCAAAAUUAACAAACCUCCGCAGACACCAACACAUUCACACGGGGGAGAAGCUGUUCUCCUGCGAAGUCUGUGAGAAAGCCUUUACACAGUCAUCGAACCUCCUAGACCAUCAGACAGUGCACACAGGAGAGAAACCCUUCAAAUGUGAAAUUUGUGAUAAAGCUUUUGCUACAUCUACAAGGCUGCUGAGACACCAGAGGAUCCACACGGGGGAGAAACCAUUCAAAUGUUACAUUUGUGAGAUGUCUUUUAUCCAAACCUCUGAUCUCCUGAGACACCAACGGAUUCACACAGGGUAGAAAAGCAUUCACAUGCAAGGUGUGCAACAAAUUGUUCUCACAGUCACCACUGCUCUGUUUAACCAAAGCAUUCCCAAAGAGGAUAAGCCAUUCAAGUGUUUGAUACUGGUGAAACAGCAAUACAUUCACACUGGAGAAUUUGGUAAAAAAGCUUUCUCAAUUGUUAAUCCUCUGCAUAUACUGCCGUGAAGGAGAGAAACUGUUUAUGUAGGAUAUCCACAAAGUUAACCAACAUCUGCAGACAUCAACAUAUUGACACGUGCAAGGUGCAUGUAAAGCCUUUACUAAGUAUUGAACCUCCUAGUUCACCAGGAAAUCCACAAGAAGAGAAACCUUCAAAUGUAAAAUUUGUCCUAAAGCCUUCGCAGCAUCCAUGAGGUUCCUGAUACACCAGAUGUUUCAACACAGAAAAUAUCCUCCAGAUGUGGGGAUGGUGAGAUGGCUUUCAUCCAAUCUUCAAUCACAUUAAGCUGCACAGGAGAGAAUUAUUCAAGCUUAUAAUGAAAGAUUUAUAUAGUCAUUGGAACUUGAGAAGCCAGUCACAUGCAAUGUGUGUGACACAUAAAUUUCUGAGUUACCAAAUCUCUCUGUACACUCAUACGUUAACAGAGAAGUAACUUUUCCUGUGGAAGAUGUGUCACAAAUCAUUCUAGUAGUGAUAGAAACACAUAUAGGCCAAAGUAUUCACACAUGCGAACCAAUUCAUGUACAAGUUGUAUGACAAAUCAUCCUCUCAGUUGUCAAAUAUCUCCUCUAUCAGAGGAUCUGCAGAGUAGAUUAGCCCUUCAGGAACAAGGUGUGUGACAAAACUUUUUUACAGUUAGCAUGCCUCCUCAACCAUUGAUACAUUCACACAGGAGAGGAAGGUGAUUGGUGAGAAGUCCGUCAUAAUAUCUUCACACAGUUGAACCUCCUGGAACUAUGAAUCCACAUGUGUGACAAAUCCUUCCUGUGUGACGUGUGUCAGAAUUGAUUCACCUCUUCCUUCCUCACCAGACACGGACUUGAAGCUGAGUCACCUGCUUCCAUUACACUGAGAGUUGUCUGUGUUGUUACCCUCCAGUACUCACACAGGGGGAACUGUCAUUCCAAAGCACUGUCUGUCUCACCUGUGUCCGUCUCAAGCCUCUCCCACCUUCAGGCCAAUUGUUUCAAGGAGGUCAAUUUAACAUUGUUCAGACCUCCAAACAUCACCAAAAGAAGACAUCAGUAUGUGUAGAAGCUCCUGUAUAAAUUCACAUCCUUUCAGUACAAGUCACUCUCACCUCUGACCAAGAAGACAAUCAGAUACUCAGUGGUUAGAAAGGCUUCAGCUUCUGAUUGACUAGCACCAGGACCCAGGGGAGGAACCAUUUCCUGGGGUAGUAAUGGAGGUACUUCAAUUAGCCUCAGUGUCUCUGGUCUGUGGAGCAGGAGAAUCAGACAGGAAUCCCAUUCCUCAUCAGAGAGCCCAACUGGGAAGUCAAGGGGGAGAAUAGGAUGUAUCUUGGCUGUGACAGUCUCUAUUGUCUCACAACAUUCACUGUCUAGCUGUCCACGUGCUGAACGGACACUCGACCAGAGCACUAGAGGCCAAUGAAUAUCCACAGUCUGUAGUCCAGGAAAAUUGGAGGGAAUAUAGGAGGACAACAACUUGCAUUUAUAUAAAACAUCCCAAAGUGUUUAAUAUUGACAUCAUCAGACAUAAAAUUAACACCAAGACAAAGAGAUAUUGGGAAUGGAUUACCAAAAAUAUGGCCAAAGAGGCAAAAACAGGAAUUGCUGGAAAAGCUCAGCAGGUCUGGCAGCACCUGUGGAGACAAAUCAGUGUUCAUGUUUCGGGUUAAGGGACACUUCAUGAACACAUAUGGCCAAAGUGGUUGGAUUUAAGGGAACUUAUGAGCAUGGAGCAUGGAAUGGCUUGGCUGUUAAUGGUAUAAGGAACGACUGGGAUAGAGGGAUGUACCGUAGGCCAGAAUUGCAGGAGCAUUGAGAUUUUGGUGGGUCAUGGGUCUAGAGGUGACAGAGAUGGAGAGAUGUGAGGCUAUGCACUUGGCACUGGAAUUUUAAAUUGUAGACACUGGGUGACUGGGAACCAGCGUAGUUCAAUGAGCACAGGACUGACAGAUGUCAUAGGAUGUAGAAUACAGUGUUUCAGUCAUGGUAAUGGAGGUUGGAAAAUGGGUGGAGCUGGGCAGGAGGGCUUUGGAAUGGCCUACUCUAGUCUAGAUGCAACAUCAACAUGGGUGAGGAUUCCAAUAGCAGAUGGUCUAAUAUGGGUGUGAUAGCUGUUUAGUAAUGGGCAGUAUUAUAGAGGGAGACAGAUACAGCCAUAGUGAUCUACAGCACAGAAAAGGGCCCUUCAGUCCAUCAUAACUGUGCUGGUCAAAAACAAUCAUGUAAUAUUUUAAUCCCAUUUUCCAGGAGUUGGCCCACAGCCCUGUAUGCCUUAGCAUUGCAAGGGCACGUCUAAAUGCUUCUUAAAAGUUCUAAGGGUUUCACCUUUAACUUCUUUAUAUCUUUACAGAUGUAACAUCUUUACACGCAGUGAGUUCCAGAUUCCCAACACCAUCUGGUGAUAAAACCUUCCCUCCCAUCUCCUCAAAAUCUCCUGCUGUUUCCCUUAAAUCUGUGCUCCUGGAUAUUGAUCCUUUCACCAAGGGGAAACUUUCUCCCUGUCUACCCUGUGUGUUCCCCUCAUUAUUUUAGAUGUCAUUUCCUAACUAAGUUUUCUUUUCUCCAAGGAAACAAUCUCAGUCUGUCCAAUCUGUCUUCAUCACUGAAACUCUCCAGUCCAGGGAACAUCCUGGUAAAUCUCCUCUCCAGUCACCCACCCCAGUGCAAUCACAUGCCUCCUAUAAUGUGGAUUUCAGAUCUCUGCGUAAUGCUCUAUCUGUGGCCCAAACAAUGCUUUAUACAGUUCCAGCAUUACCUCACUGUCUUUAAAUUCUACGUCUGCACACUACAUGCAGACUAAAGUCCCUCUGAUCCUCAGUGUUUCCCAGGGUCCGACCAUUCACCAUGUAUCCCUUCGCCUGCAUUUGGUACAACAAACAAGGAUAGGGCUUAUACAAUGAAUGUUGGGCAUUGGGUAGUGUUACAGAACAGAGGGAUCGAGGGGUUCAGGCACAACAUUCUUUGAAGUCUGCAUCACAUAUAUACAGGGUGGUUAAAAAGGCAUUUGGCACGCUUGCCUUCAUUGUUCAGUCCUUUGUGUAUAGGAGUUGGGAA